AUGCUGAAAACUCAAGCAAUCGUCAGUCGUGACACCCUGCAGAAUGGAGGCUGGAAAUUCGAAACCGUCAGAGUACGACAGCCGGGAGAAGGAGAACUGCUGGUGAAGAUGGUGGCGACGGGCAUAUGUCAUUCAGAUGUGUUCGCAGGAAGCGUACCCAAAGGCGCAUCUCCACUGGCCGUCUACCCUCGUGUGCUCGGACAUGAAGGAGCCGGCUAUGUCGUUGCGGUCGGACCCGGGGUCACCAUCGCUUCAGUCGGCGAUCCAGUCCUGCUCUCAUUUGCUUCCUGCCAAUCAUGCUUCCACUGCAAAUCCGGUGUUCCAGCGACAUGCAAAGAUUUCCAGGCAUGGAACACCCUCAGCUUCGAGAAAGUCUUCACAUCCGAAAACUUGCCCGACGCCUCAGAACCGGACAUUACAGGAACAUUCUUUAGCCAGUCCUCUUUCGCAGGCUUGUCAAUCGUCAAACAAAGCUCCAUCGUGAACGCCAAAGACCUGAUCGAGGACAAGUCCGAGCUGCAGCUUUUCGCGCCGCUUGGAUGCGGGCCUCAAACUGGAGCGGGCAGCGUCACAAAUGUUGCAGACGCAGGACCAAAGGAUACUGUGACUGUCAUUGGUCUUGGUGGUGUUGGUAUGGGUGCUCUGAUGGCCGCCAAGCUGAGAGGAUGCCACACAAUUAUUGCCAUUGACCGGAUUCCAUCAAGACUGGCUCUCGCGCGGGAGCUGGGAGCCACGCACACAAUCGACACAACAGACACGACUCCCGGCGAGGAUCUGAUCAAAGCCAUUCGUGACGCCACCGACGGAAUCGGCACCAGCGUCACAAUCGAGACGACCGGCGUGCCAGCGCUGACCGAAAGCGGCUAUGAAGCAACGCGCGCGCGAGGCAAGCAUAUCCAGAUCGGUAUAUCGCCCGAUCUGGGAUAUGAAGUGAAGUUUGGGCUGGCGAAGGGCAAUCUGUUCGCCAAUAAGAGCUUCAUUGGCGCCGUGGAGGGUUGGGCUGAUCCGCGAGAAUUCGUCCCUCAGAUGAUUCGCUGGUAUCGUGAGGGCAAGUUUCCGCUCGAGAAGAUGGUGAGAUUCAUCCCGGCCGAGGACUUUCAACAGGCUAUAGAGGAUAUGCAUGGGGGAGCGACGAUCAAGCCGGUGAUUCUUUGGGACUGA